AUGACUGCUGCAUCUAUUAUAUUCCUUGAGGAUGGUACUGUAUUGACUGAUGAUCAGGCAGGCAUUGAGAUAGUCCGACGUGCCCAUAGUCUGCUCUCAGAAGACCUUCGUGCAGUUUAUGGAGAGGAAGUGGCUCUGCUGCCGAUGCCAAACGUAGUCCAAACCGAUCAACCGCUACCAGACCCUAAUUCGGAUCUUCCUGAGCCAAACAUAAAAGGUGAAAAGAUGACCGCUGCAAAUAAAUCACGCUUUGGCCUGAGCUCAGCCGAGCUUUGCCCACUUACGAAAGAGGAGUCUCUUAAAAGCGCUCAGAUUGGGUCAAGCUUAAAAUCCACUACAGCUGCUAAAGGUGACACUUUGAUGUCCCCUGGUCUGGACUCUUCUCCGAUUGCCAAUUGCCUUAAGACCGAGGAACAAGUGCAGAAUCAAGGACGU